GAAGAGACGUAUGUGACUGAUAUAAAGGCAGAAGAUAUAGAGGGAGAAGAAGAGACGUAUGUGACUGAUAUAAAGGCAGAAGAUACAGAAGGAGAAGAAGAGACGUAUGUGACUGAUAUAAAGGCAGAAGAUAUAGAGGGAGAAGAAGAGACGUAUGUGACUGAUAUAAAGGCAGAAGAUAUAGAGGGAGAAGAAGAGACGUAUGUGACUGAUAUGAAGACAGAAGAUAUAGAGGGAGAAGAAGAGACAUAUGUGACUGAUAUGAAGGCAGAAGAUAUAGAGGGAGAAGAAGAGACGUAUAUGAGGGGUGAUCAGCAGUGUAAGGAGGAGGAGAUCCCUACAGAUAUCAGCAUAGCAGGUGGACACACAAGCAGGAAUAUUUCAGAAGGACAUCUAAUGUUAUCCCCGGAUUGUGACAUAAAAGAUAAUGACAGUAGACAGGAUUCUCCAGGAGAUAACCCCAUUACCCCAAUUAUACAUCCAGCUCUAUCAGCUGAUCCCUCUGAUCCUGGGAAAUGUUCUCCUAAUCACUCUGAUAUUGGAGCAUUUGUUACAGCUCUGAGAUUAGAUACAGUGUUUCCCUGUUCUAUAGAUGCCAAAUGUUUUACACAGAACACAAAGCUUAUUACCCAUCAUCCAGCUAAGGCAGGUGAGAGGCCACUGAUAUGUUCUGAGUGUGGGAAAUGUUUUACAAAGAAAUCAGCUCUUGUUACACAUCAGAGAAGUCACUCAGGUGAGAGGCCGUAUUCCUGUUCUGAGUGUGGGAAAUGUUUUACACAGAAAUCAUCUCUUGUUACACAUCAGAGAAGUCACACAGGUGAGACGCCGUGUUCCUGUUCUGAGUGUGGGAAAUGUUUUGCAUGGAAAUCAGAUCUUGUUACACAUCAGAGAAGUCACACAGGUGAGAAGCCAUUUUCAUGUUCUGAGUGUGGGAAAUGUUUCGCAUUUAAAUCAGUUCUUGUUAAACAUCAGAGAAGUCACACAGGUGAGAAGCCGUUUUCUUGUUCUGAGUGUGGGAAAUGUUUUGCAUGGAAAUCACAUCUUGUUACACAUCAGAGAAGUCAUACAGGUGAGAAGCCGUUUUCCUGUUCUGAGUGUGGGAAAUGUUUUACACAGAAAUCAGCUCUUGUUACACAUCAGAGACGUCACACAGGUGAGAGGCCGUUUUCCUGUUCUGAGUGUGGGAAAUGUUUCGCAUUUAAAUCAGUUCUUCUUACACAUCAGAGAAGUCAUACAGGUAAGAUGCCGUUUUCCUGUUCUGAGUGUGGGAAAUGUUUCGCAUUUAAAUCAGUUCUUGUUCCACAUCAGAGAAGUCACACAGGUGAGAAGCCGUAUUCCUGUUCUGAGUGUGGGAAAUGUUUUGUACGGAAAUCAGAUCUUGUCACACAUCAGAGAAGUCACACAGGUGAGAGGCCAUAUUCCUGUUCUGAGUGUGGGAAAUGUUUUGCACAGAAAUCAGCUCUUGUUCUACAUCAGAGAAGUCACACAGGUGUGAAGCCGUAUUCCUGUUCUGAGUGUGGGAAAUGUUUUGCACAGAAAUCAAAUCUUGUUACACAUCAGAGGAGUCACACAGGUGAGAGGCCAUUUUCAUGCUGUGAGAGAAAUAAAUCCGCUCUUGUUGAACACAUUAGACAUUACCCAAGUACGGAACCAUUUACAUCUUCUGGAGUAUAAUUAUCACUGUCAUGCAAUGUUCCUCAAGGAUGAAUCCUAUCUCCUAUGCUUUAUAAAAUAUACAUGCUACCACUGGGUGAUAUAAUCAGACAUCAUGGCCUGGUCUAUCACUGCUAUGCUGAUUACCUGCUUUUUGCUCCAUGUACUGAGAACCUAAUACCAAUCCUAAAUGGUUGUCUAGCUGAGCGCCAUGGGUGGAUGAUACCAGUUGGCUGUGAUUCAGUCUUUGUGAAACAUAAUAGAAGCUCACCAACAAAGGACAAGACUUUACCAACCAUCUGGAUUUAUGCUUUGGUGCUCAGAAUUGAAAAUACUGAACAUGUGCUGAAUCUUUGUGUUGUCCUGGUAUGUGGCUGACACAUACAUCAGGUAUCUGCCACAUACAAAUCCUCAUUCUUCCAUCUGUGGACCAUAGCCAGAAUCAAGCUCUUGAUUCCCUCAGAAGUUCAUAGACUACUGCAAUGCCAUCUACCUGGGUCACCCAGCAAAAGAAUUACAGAGCUUGCAGCUAGUACAGAAUGCAGCAGCCAAGCUGUUACCUAACCCGUUCCUGCCACAUAACACCAAUUCUCUACUCCCUUCACCGGCUGCCUGUAAGAUGACAAAUCUAUUUCAUAAUUGGCUAACUGACCUUCCCAGCUCAACAUUACAUGGUCCAAGGUACUAGAAGCAGCUCCUGCCUCCUUACUGCCCUGCUUGCUUGCUUCUACAGAUGAAGGACUGUUACCGACAGUACCAAGAAUCUCCUGUCAUUCAUUUAAGGGUUGAACUUUAGCUUUGUAGCCCUGACCAUGGAACUCACUGCCUUGCACAGUCCAAGAGGCCUGCACUCUAGAGACCUUCACAAGCAGACUGAUGACUGUUACUCACGCUUUUCAUUAAUGUACCUCUAUUU